AAAGCAAGUAAACAAAAAGCAAAAGAGAAUCAAUCAAUCACUUUUUGCACAGUUUCCAAAGCAAAAGUGGCGAUCAACAAUAAUACCCACUUUCCUUAUUCGUAUCAAUUUCAUCAACCAUCUUCAAAUAUUCUAAUCUUCUUCUUGCUAGCUAACAACUUACUCCUUCUCCUUCUUAUUAGAUUCAUAUACAUACAUACACUUCCAUACCCAAAACCCCCGUUAAACCCUAACAAAACCCGAUCAUAAAUCAUCUUGCGUCAAGGGUUUUAACUUUUACGUUUAACGACAAAGGGUCUCAUCUUUGAAGGUUUCUUGGCGGGAAAGAUUCUGAAUUUGGCGGGAAUCUUGUUGUGGGAGUGCAUGUGUAACGGUUAUGGAGAACCCAUCUGGAAACGGGUCGGAUCAACCCGGUUAUGACGGUGGCAGUUUGGUGACGGAGCAUACUUCUGGGGUUUCUACUGAUUGGACUCCAGAUGAACAGUUAAUUUUGGAAGAUGGUCUUUCACAGUAUGCAUCUGAAUCAAAUAUCGUCCGGUAUGCAAAGAUUGCUGUGCAGUUGCAGAAUAAGACUGUGAGGGAUGUGGCUUUGCGAUGCAGAUGGAUGUUUAAAAGGGAUAUUGCCAAAAGAAGGAAAGACGAUCACCUCUUAACGAGAAAAGGCAAAGAGAGAAAGGAACGAAUGAAUGAACUUUUGGCGAGUACAUCUUAUAUAGCAAAUCCAACAGGACUGUCUUCGUAUUCUCAACGAGUGGUUGCAAAUGGAAAAUCAAAUGCUAUACAGUACAACGUUCUUGUCAGUCCAGCCGGGCAGCUUAUUAAGGAAAGUGCUCAGGCUCUUGAACGAGUCUCUACAAAUCUUGAACGAAAUCAGGUACAUGAAAAUAUCGGUCUCCUUUGCCAGGUUCGGAAAAACAUCCGUGAUAUCUUGAACAAUUCAAGUGAAAACCCUGGAAAACUGAAGCAGAUGCCACCACUUCCAGUGAAACUGAAUGAAGCUCUUCUAAAUUCAUUGAUUCGUCAUGCGACGUUACAUCAGCAUAUGCAAUAAUCAUUAGUGCUGCUAAUGAUGUUAACAAAGGAUUAAUGAUGUCAUCAGUCCAAUGUGAUCAAAUUGCGCUAUGUUGUGUGGCUUCAAGCGGCCAAAGAACAUAUUUGGUUAUGGUAUCAAAUUUUAGUUACAUACCCUUUACGAACUAGACGAUGACGUAUCAGACUUUACAAGAGAUGUUAUUACUCGUAUAUACAGAGCUGAACCGAUGCUAAUGGUGAUUUCGUGUUAAAAUGGAUCGAAUGGCUACUAAAAAUUUGAACUUUAUGGUGUAUAUAAAUUUCAAGUGUAGUAAUGGUAUUGGAGAUUAAAUA